AUGGCAGCAAUGAAGAAGAAGAUUCCUAUAGUAGAAAUCAUCUCAAAGGAGAUGAUAAAGCCAUCAUUACCCACUCCCUCUCAUCUCCGCGCACACCAAAUCUCUUCCCUCGAUCAAUUGGCCGAUCUCAGUUACAUCCGGGUCGUUUUCUUCUACAAUCGUCCUUUCGCCGCCGGAGAAGAUGCUGUUUCCGGCGAGACUAACAAUGUUAUUCAAGUUCUCAAAAGUACACUAUCCGAAACCUUGACCCAUUACUACCCUCUUGCCGGAAAGUUCGUUGAAGAGGAUGCCUUGAUUGACUGCGACGACUCCGGCGCUGAGUUUACCACCGCCGUUAUUGUCGGCGGCGAAGAUGGUGAAUUUUUGGAUGCAAUGGAGAAUCCAGAUAUGGGUUUUCUGGAUAAACUAGUUAGCAAGGAACACAAUCUAACGAAAACAGAGGAUGUGAUUCUAGCUGUUCAAAUAACCCGAUUUCCUGCCGGAGAAGUCACCGUCGGAGUUUGUAUUUCUCACAAGAUAUCAGACGCAGCCACAUUAAGCUCCUUCCUGAAAUUAUGGUCGGCGGCUGCAAAAAUCUUAAUCUCCGGUGAAUCGAGUUUUAAAGAACUGAUUCCUCUAGGACCUGUUUUCGACGCUCCGAGAAUAUGGCCUUCCGUUCCUGGAUUAACCCGUCCAUCUUUCAACUUCAAUGAAGAGAAAAUAGUAGUGAAAAAGUUUGUUUUCAAUACUUCAAGUUUAACAAGACUGAAAUCAGAACUGUCGGGAGGGGUCAUCGGAGAAAGAGUUCCGACCAGAGUAACAUCUAUGAUGGCGCUAAUUUGGCACACCAUAAUGAAUUCUUCAUCUGGACCACCGACACCGACUAAACAUGUGCUUGCAUUGCCAUCAAACAUUCGCAAAAAAAUGUCUCCUCCCCUCCCCGAAAACACAUUAGGGAAUAUAAUAAAACUUGUGGUGGUGGCGAAUUACGUCGAUGGGAUUGCUCUACAGGCUGUUAUGGAUUUGAUAAAUGAUGCAAUAGGGAAAGAGGAAAAGCCUAUAAAGGAAGGGGAGUCAAUACAUGAACCAUUAUCGAGGGUAUUUACUUCUUUGGAUGUUAUGAAUGGAUUUAUAUUGAAUGUCACUCCAAUAACUAGUUGGUGUUGGUUACCUUUCUAUGAAGUGGAAUUUGGUUUAGGAAAGCCCAUUUGGAUGACUUGUUUAAGACGACGUGAUAUUUUAUUACUAGAUGGGUCGGAUGGAGGAAUUGAGGCAUUGAUUGGACUAAAUGUAGAGACAAUGGAGAAGUUUGAGAAGAAUCUAACUCUUCUUUCUUUUUGUGAACAUUAUGUUCCAUAUGGAUGA